AUGUCGGGCCCACCGCCUCCUGCGCGAGUAUCCGACGUUGAUGCCUCCUCUUCCACGACUGAAAACCAAGACAGCCGAUGGAGACGAUGGGGAAAAUCCGCCUUGGACAAGUCCAUCGUCCUCUCCGACUGGGCUUCGGGCUAUGCCAAUUCAGCCUCUGCCAAGAUCGGCGGCGAACGAUUUUGGCCUAAAUCCAACGACUUUUCAGACGAGAUUGCUAAAUGCGAACGUAUCCUGCGCGCCUUCACGGUGGAAGGUAUCGAAACAAAAUCCGCCGUAUCCAAAGAUACUACCGCUGACACUGCUGAUACAGCAGAGACGGCGGUCGGACAUGACUCGAACAAGGACAGCUUGACGAAGAAGAAACGCAAAGUCCUUCGCAAAAUUCCACCCGCCGUUAUCAAACGUGCCAAAGGAAUCGUCAUUUACACUGCGAUGCGUAGUGGUAUCGCACCAUUUGGAGGCGCAGGAGGCGCAGGUCUUAUGUUGGCGCGGCUGCCCGAUGGUUCUUGGAGCGCACCUUCGUCCAUCAGUCCAAACAACCUUGCUGUCGGCCUGCUACUAGGCUUUGACAUCUUUGACGUGAUUCUCGUAGUCAAUAGCGACAGGGCGAUGGAAUCGUUCAAAUCGCACAAAGUCACGCUCGGAGCUGAAACCGCGGUGGCAGCUGGUCCAUUCGGUACAGGCAUCAGCGGUGAGAUGGGUAUCGAUCGAAGUCCCGUUUUCUCCUACGUUCGAUCCAGAGGUUUGUACGGAGGAGUGGAAGCCAUGGCGCAAGUGUUUUUGCACAGGUUCGACGAGAACGAACGUGUCUACUACUGGCCCGGUAUCACAGCCAGAGACAUCUUGGAAGGCAAGGUACGCAAACCACCAAUUGUUGAUCCGCUCUACCGUGCCCUGCGCGAUGCCGAAACCGGCGUAGCUCAGGGCGACUCUCUGGAACGAAUCGUAUACGAGACAAUUCAUGCUCCACCCAACGUCGCCGUUCGUCAACUGCAGCAAGAAGGCUCAGCGGAGCUGCUCAACGAUGGAGAAAGGCUAAAGCUCCCUCCCACGCCCGAGGAGCUCGAGGCGAUGGAGCAGGCAGGAAUUCCCGAUGACUUCGAUUUGGCGUUGGACAAGAAGGAAAGGGAAGAGGCGGCAAGAAGAGCGGAGGAGGAAAAGAGGCAAAUUAUGGCAUUACCUCCUCCACCGAAGCAUAAAAAGGUAAUAGGCUAUUGGGAGUCGAGGGGAACUAAACCGGGUGGAAAGAGGAGAGUAGCCCCUUCGCCCUUACAUAUCCAGGCAAAGUCGGAAAGAGAAGGAAAGACUGUGGCGGCGAAAGAUGAGGACGAGCAAGAUCAAGCAAAGAUGGAUUUGAUCGACCUCGACGAGCCGAGCAAGCCUCGGCUUCCGCCACGACCCACACAAGGAUCCCAUGUUGAUGAGGUGGCUGAUGAGUUGCAGAACACCACGGUCCGCGACUCUGUAGAAUCCUACAACGACAUCCACGCACCGACAAACGAAUUUGAUGGCGAGGCGACAACGCUGAUUGCCCCUGUCGCAACAUCUAUCCCAAGCACACCCAAAUCCGCGAUCCCUGCCAACCUGACCGACUCGAUCGAUUCUCUCUCACGCUCAACCUCGCUCACUCGUCCCUCUCGUCCACCUCGACGCACCGCUGGUGCUUCCGUUGCAACCCCACGCACCCCCACGACUGCCGCAACCACCGUCUGCUCGACAACCACAUCCACAUCCACACCUCCAUCUUUGCACUUGUUCUUCGAUUGGGACGAAACUAUCACCUCGAGCGAUACGCUUUCGCUGAUUGCGCCGGUCGAAGGCACCCAACAUGGCGAACCGUUUGCGCACUACACCAAGGCGUACCUGUCUGACCUAGCAAAGUUCGAAGAGGCGUUCGGUGCGCGCGACAACUGGGAGUCGCAACUGGAGUUUUUGGAUAAGAUCGACGAGGUGGAACGAGCAUCGGUCGCUCGCGUUGAAGAAGGCGGCUUGUUCAAAGGUAUGUCGGAGAGCUCGCUGCUGGAGCGUGCGACUGGAGUACGAUUCAGGGACGGCUGGUCGACGUUCUACACCUGGCUUGCGACGCAGGUUGAAUCGGGUCGACUCAACGCCGACGUGAUUAGCGUUGGCUGGAGCGCCACAUUUAUCCGCCACGCUAUCGAACACGAAUCGUCGCACCAAGUCAUCGCAAACAUCUACGCGAACCAAAUCGACAUGGUCGACGCUGUGGGUACAGGGAAACUCACCAAAUCGUCGGCGCUCGCGCUCACCUCGCUCCCAGCUUCUGGUGGCAUCCGAACAGGUCUGCACAAACUCCACAUCAUGAACCAGAUCCCAGAGUCGCCUCGUCCCAACACCCUCAAGGUGUACGUAGGCGACUCAGCCACUGAUCUACCCUGCCUCGUCAACGCCGAUUACGGCUUGAUCAUGAAACCAACCAACGACUUUGACGCGUCAAGCAUCAACAAGGUCAUCCAGCACACCAAACCGCCCGUCAAGACCUUCUAUACCCACUUUCAAGACUUCCUUCAGUCCCCCCUGACCAACAGCGAGCACUAUGAAGACGCUCCUGCAUCUCACCACCGUAGCGUUCUCAUCAGGAUAGAUGACUGGACUCAGGCACUUGCCGUGAUCCAGCACAUUCAAGAGCAAUCCGAGUCUUUGUAG